AUUUUGAAAAUAUCCCCAAAGGAAGUGUUCUCCUUGCUCUGCUAGCGGAACAUAGGUCGUCAGAAGAGAGUCGACAUUUUGUUAGCUUCCUAGCAAAAUAAACUGAUAGGGCAACUCGGUUAUAAUAAAAGUUGCUCUCAGAGGCCUCAGAGUCUCCGGCUGCAAUCAUGUGGUAUGAAAUCCUGCCAGGCUUGGCGGUCAUGACGGUGUGUUUGAUCAUUCCCGGGGUCGCCACCGCUCAGAUACACAAGUUUACAAACGGAGGAAAGUGAGGAGAAAAGAGAAUUGCUCGGUAUCCCUGGCAGUGGUAUCUGAUGGAGAGAGACAAGCGAGUGUCAAAAACUGGAAACUACUUUGAUUCCAAGGGACUCGAGAACAUCCACUGAUGACCAGGAAUUUAAGGACACUGAUGAGAAGAAAGUUGUACAAUAAAAGAAUAUAUUUAACAUCCAGCUGUUUGUUUUUUCAGUCCAUGAAAGCAAUCGUCCCUGUUAUUAAUUAAACUGUUCCACACUGAAA